AAAAAAGUGUCUUGCCCACGUGUGUUCUAACAUGGCUGCGUCCUGCAUGUGUUGUAUGUGUAAACUCAGAAGUUAGUAAAUAGAAAUAUUAUAGCGCGUUUUUGUCGAAAUAUUUAAUUUUUUCUGCGCCUGGUGAAUUGAUAGCCUCGCUCCCUUACACGGCUCAGAAUAAAUCGGGGUAAAAUGGCUCAAAGGAAGAAGAGGUUUACUAAAAAGAGACGGCAUCCGAAACGGGACCUGGAUGUGGAUUCGGACGGUGGGGAGUUCGAGUUGGCGGCUGAGGUCAGCGAUGAAGACGAUUCCAGAAAGUUGGCAAUGAUCACUAAGGAGCGUGCUGUGCUGUCCCUGCAGGCUGGCAGGACGGUCCCUGGCUUCCCCACAGCAGACUGCCUGUCGGACGUGGAGCCAGACACUAGGGAGCUCGUUCGGGCACAGAACAAGAAGAAGAAGAAGUCAGGAGGCUUCCAGUCCAUGGGGUUGGGUUAUCCGGUUUACAAAGGGGUGAUGAAGAAGGGAUAUAAAGUUCCAACACCAAUUCAGAGGAGGACCAUCCCGCUGAUCCUAGAUGGUAAGGACGUGGUGGCGAUGGCCCGCACAGGAAGUGGGAAGACAGCUGCAUUCCUCAUCCCCAUGUUCGAACGACUGAAAGCUCCCAGCGCCCAAACAGGGGCCCGCGCUCUCAUCCUGUCACCCACCCGCGAGCUGGCACUGCAGACCAUGAAGUUCACCAAGGAGCUUGGCAAGUUUUGUGGCUUCAAGACUGCACUGAUUCUUGGAGGAGACAGAAUGGAUGACCAGUUUGCUGCCUUGCACGAGAACCCUGAUAUAAUCAUUGGCACGCCGGGUCGUCUGAUGCACGUGGUCGUUGAGAUGAACCUGAAGCUGCACAGUGUGGAGUAUGUGGUGUUUGAUGAAGCUGACAGGCUGUUUGAGAUGGGCUUCGCAGAGCAGCUGCAGGGCGUUAUCCAGCGACUGCCAGAGAACCGUCAGACCGUGCUGUUCUCCGCCACUCUGCCCAAGCUGCUGGUUGAGUUCGCCCGCGCAGGUUUAACAGAGCCAGUUUUAAUUCGACUGGAUGUGGACACCAAACUGAACGACCAGCUGAAGCUUGCGUUUUUCCAUCUGCGGGUGGAUGAUAAGCCGGCUCUGCUGCUGCACUUGCUGAGGAACGUGAUAAAGCCACAGGAGCAGACAGUGGUGUUCGUAGCUACCAGGCACCAUGUGGAGUACCUGAAGGAGUUGUUGAUGUUGGAGGGGAUGGACUGUGCGUACAUCUACAGCGCGCUGGACCAGACGGCCAGGAAGAUCAACAUUGGGAAGUUUGUGCACAGGAAGGCGAUGGUGAUGAUCGUGACGGACGUGGCAGCUCGCGGGAUAGAUAUCCCCAUGCUGGACAACGUCAUCAACUACAACUUCCCCUCCAAGGCCAAGCUCUUCCUGCACAGAGUCGGUCGUGUGGCGAGAGCAGGGAGGAGUGGUACAGCGUACAGCCUGGUGGCUCCAGAUGAGAUCGCCUUCGUGUUUGACCUGCACCUCUUCCUAGGACGCCCCCUGCAGCUUGCAGGGCCCAGGCACAGCCAGCCAGAUGAGGACGGCGUGUGUGGGCGAGUUCCGCAGAGUAUCCUGGACGACGAGGAGGCUAUGCUGGUAACGGCUCAUGAGAACUCGCUGGACCUGCAGAACAUGCGCCGCAUCUCUGACAACGCCUACAUGCAGUACCUCAAGUCCCGGCCCAACCCCUCGCCUGAGUCAGUCAAGAGAGUUAAGGAGACUGACUUCUCCAGUCUUGCAGUCCACCCCCUCCUCGGUUCUGUGCUAGAAAAUGUGGAGUUGGAGAGACUGAAGGUGGUUGACAGCAUCAAGCAAUAUAAAUCCAGAGCAACGAUUUUCGAGAUCAAUGCGACCAAUAAGACCACAGCGGGUGAGGUGAUGCGAGCAAAGAGGAGUCGAGACGUGCGGCUGGUCGACAAGUUCCAGAAAUCCCGCAAGGACAAGGCAGCAGAGAGCCUGCUGGGCCAGUCUGCUGCCAGCCUGCCGCGGGCAGAGUCAGACGAGGAGAGCAUCCAGAAUGUGUUUUCAGAAGUGCUUGGUGGCAAGAGGAAGAAGCCACAGAGUGAAACGGACGCUCCCAACAAGAGAGCCAAGGAGGCAGGGCGCGAUGAAGAGUUUUACAUCCCGUACCGACCCAAGGACUUCGACUCAGAGAGAGGGCUCAGUAUGCAAGGAGAAGGCAGCACAUUCGAGCAGCAGGCAUCGGGGGCAGUCCUGGACCUCAUGGGGGACGAAGGGGACAAGAUGAACCAGCACAAGCACAUGAUGAAAUGGGACCGCAAGAAGAAGCGCUUUGUGAGGGAGACGGGGAAGGGGGACAAGAAGAAGACCGUGAGGAUAGAGAGCGGGCAGCUUGUCAGCAAAUCCUUCAAGAAAAACUUCUACGAGGAGUGGAAGAAGAAAUACAAGGUGGAGGACGGAGUGUCUGACAACGAAUCAGGAGGAGAGGGAGGUGGCAGCCGGGCCAGGACAGCGGGAGGAGGAAGAGGAGGUAGAGGAGGGAGGAGGGGUGGCAGAGGAGCCCCCACCCCCCCCAGACGGGCCCCGGUGCAGAAGUCCCGUCCAGAGCUGAAGAGCCACGAUCAGAUUCUGAAGCAGCGCAAGAAGAAGCAGAAACAGCAGUUCCUGCAGAGCGGGGGCCUCCAGAAGCUACGGGGCAAGAACCAGUCGCGCCUGCAUGAGAUGAAGAGGUCCGGCUUCGGGAGGGGUGCUGUCAAAAAGGGCAAGCUGCGCAAGAGGCUGUGAGGGGAAGGGGAGCUGCUCACUGACGCGCCAUUGCAAAGGAGAGGGGUCGGGACCUGUCUGGACUCAAUGGGGGGGGUGGAAAGGCACCUUUUGUAGAUUUAAUAACUGACCCUCCGCUCAGCCUUAACCUUGGUGGUGCACGGACAUGCCUCAUAACACAGUCUGCUCUUAGCUUGAAUUCAUCCCUUUUAACCCUUUGAUUACCAAUGUUAUUCCUGAACAACACCAGGAUUUUAAAAACAAACUGCAUUUUUGUUCACAUAGCAACCAAUGGGAUCAUGGUUUUAUAUCCUAGUUUGGAAUUCUAAACAUAAUAGUUUUUGGACAAACACUUGUAAAAAUAACUUGUUUAAUUUAAUUAGAACACAAAUGUAUUGCGUUGGCAUUUAAUUAGGGAAUUCAAGGGUUAAAGUUUGGGGAUUUAAAUUCUUUACAAACUCAGAACAGUAUUUGGUAUUUAUUAUUAUUAUUAUUUGUUUAUUUAGCAGACGCCUUUAUCCAAGGCGACUUACAGAGACUAGGGUGUGUGAACUAUGCAUCAGCUGCAGAGUCACUUACAACUACGUCUCACCCGAAAGACGGAGCACAAGGAGGUUAAGUGACUUGCUCAGGGUCACACAAUGAGUCAGUGGCUGAGGUGGGAUUUGAACCGGGGACCUCCUGGUUACAAGCCCUUUUCUUUAACCACUGGACCACACAGCCUCCUUUUAUGUUUAUAAAACCUGUGCUUCAUUGAAAUGAAAUUGCAGCCAGACUGUGGUCAGUCUCCCUAAACUGGCAAAAACGUAUGACAAUAACAAGACUAGUAUCAUCUUUGUUAGUGAUAGAUUUGCGUUAACAUUAUAGAACAAUGGUGCUCUUUGCUUCCACGCUGUAUUUGUGUUGCCCCAAUGGGGUAGAAACGCCCAGAAACAAUGUGCUCUACUUCAAUGAAUAAAGAAAGAUCCUUUACAA